CACAGCGGUUCAGCACACAUCAACCACACCACUCACAGUCGAACGUUCUAUCGGUGAGGAGAGUCCUGAAGAUCACAUCGGAUCAUCAUUCGGAGAGCUUCUCGCAAAUCGAGCAAGGAACGAACGAAUCGUGCACUUUGUGAAAGUGAAUUUGGUAAACACCUACGGUCCCACGAGUCAAAGACGACGAUAGCAACACGGUACGCAACACAGUCGUUGUAAUCAUGAAAGCAUUCCCCACCUUCGUACUGCUCGUCGUCGCCGUUGUCUGCUGCAGCCUUCUGCCUGAGCACGCACACGCUACCGUCGUCGAAUCGUGCGGUGAUACGCGUGCCCUGGUGCCGAUCGAGGAGAACGUGAUCGAGAUCAGCAACUGCGAGAAGGGACCGUGCAAGCUGAAGCGCCGAACCUCGGUUAGCAUCAACCAGAAGUUCACACCCUCGGAAGAUGUCAAGAGCCUAAACACGGCGGUGUUUGCGAAAAUCGUGGGCCUACCGCUACCGUUCAUCGGUGUCGAUGGUACCAGUGCCUGUCAGUAUCUGUUCGCGGAAGAUGGUGAAACGCAGGUCGGUUGCCCGCUGAAGGCUGGCGUGCCGGUGGUGUACAAGCGUAGCUUCGAUGUGCUGGAGAUCUACCCCAAGAUCCCGAGCAUGACCAUCCACUGGGAGCUGCAGACGAAGAGUGGCCGAGCGAUCACCUGCUUCGAGGUGCCGGCCAAGAUCGUUUAAUAGCGCAUAGCACGGGGUCGUAGCAGGCCACCGAGGGACCCCAGGAGUGAGACUGAUUCGGAUUCUCCAGACACGUUGCCACGCUGCCACUUGCCAUGCACGGUCCCAGGAAGGAACGACUAUCGGGAUCGUUUUCGGUAGUCCAUCGCCGAGAAGCUUGUUAGCGUCGUGGGGUCCCAAUGAGUUCUGUGAAGUACAUGUGACAGCUGCAGGGAGAAGUGGGGAAACAUGGUUUGUUUUAAAGUUUUACUUUUUAAAAAAGUUAUCAAA